AUGAAAGGAAAAACAACUUCUGGCAAUAGCCAUAGUCACCUCUCAGAUCCCGUCUCCCCUCCCGGCCUGUCCGUGAGGGAUUGCCCCUGGACAGCUCAGAGUCGACGUCUUGUGGACGAUUUCAAGAGUCGCCAACGCUAUCGGGUCCGGUAUUAUUUUUGCUUCCUUUUCUUCUUUUUUGACGCAUAUCACUCCGCCUCCACUUCCUACAAUAACAUUGCCGAUUUACUUGCCCAUUCACAGUUUUCAUCUUCCUCAUCAUCCUCAUCGUUGAUGCCUUUCCUCACUCUCCGAAUCACUCGCCCUCUCGCCUUUUCGGUCUCCCACUCCUUUCGCUCCGGAGCACCCUCGUACUCUCACUUCUCUUGGCUCGGCUCACUUCGUCGUCUGCUUUUGCUUCCUAUUCUCGGUCGCUUUUCUUGUCUCAGUCCUGACAAUAUGAACGCACGGCUCUACCACCACAUCGGCUCAAGCCAACCCGCUGUUGUCGUGAGGUGGCGGGGACAGGGAGCGGAGAUUCUUGUCACGACAUGUGCCUCUCCCAACUUUUGGAGAAGAGAGGGGGCCGGGAAAUCGGGCGCUUAUGGACGUUUGAAUGCCUGCCUACCCUCUAAUCAGCAAACAGGGUAUCAGGUGCCGCCUUUUCCUCUGCUGGAGGAGAUUGUUUGCGAUUUGCGACGUAUUAGUCUUUAA